CGAUAGUGCUGCCAUAUCUAAGGAAAAUAAGUAUUGUUUUCCUGCGGCGUUAAUAAACAAAGCGAAAAGAAUUCGAAAACUACGCAUUGUAGAGCAGUGCAAAUGGAACCACCAGCAUCAGUAAGCGCCGCAGUCCAACCGGGCGUGUCGCCCGCCCACAUCCACGACACGGACCAGCUCCUGGACCCCGUGCUCUUCUCCACCGACAAUGGGAGCUUCAAGUUGAACACAGUGCCUGCAUUUAGCCUUCAUCUGGUUAUCUCUACUGUAAUCUCCAUUGUGGGAAUCGUUCUGGCGGCCUCGUUUCCCACAGAUCGACGCUGUGAUGCCUACUUCAUCAUGCUCUACCUACGUGCCACCUUCUGGGUCAUCACAUAUCUCUUCGACCAUUUUGUGAAGAUACAACACAACAAUCUGCGCAUGAAGGGCUAUCACGAUUUCCACCGCGAUACGAACAUGCAGAAGGGGAUUCCCCUGCAGCUGGUCUCGCUGUGGAACUCCAUGCUGCUGGCCGUCCAGGCGUUGAUCCAUCACUUUUACGCCGAGAACUUUUGGGAGCACUGCGCCGCCGGCUGGUUGUCACCGGUUAGCUAUGUGACCGCCUUCACCGUGGCCGAGAAUGUGGUGCUGGCCGUCUCCCACAGCUUGUAUAUUGACAAGGUGCGUAGAUUCAAUAGCGCCAAGCUGCCUCCUGAUGUCCUGCGCGGUGCGGAUCGUGCCGGCGGCUCAUUGGGCCUCAUGCAGCCCGGAGGCGACAUCGACGACUUGCUAGAAAAGCAGGCCGACCUCAUCGACUAUCUACGUGAUCACACGCACAAGCUUAACCAGAAGCUGCACCAAAUGCAGACCAACAUCCGACCAAUUAGGGCUCCUCAAAUUCCUUAAAGACCAAUAUUUCUAUUUCUAUGUAUUAUUAUAUAUUUACUGGUGGUUCUCUUUUUAUUUUAUUAAUUUGUUCACGACGAAGAAAUAUUCUUCAAGAAGAUCAAUUGCUAAAAUGCAAUUGGGCGGUAACGAAAAAUUGUAAUAUUAAAUUGUAAAUACAGAGAACGCAAUACUUAAUCCGCGAUCAAAGACUAAAGUCAUUGGAUUGUAUUAAACAAACAAGUGUGUGUGUAAAAAAUUAUUAAAUUAUAACUGAUUUAUACAAUUAA